UCUCCCCCCCGCCCUCCCUUCCUUCCAAACCCAGGCGGCUGCUAAAAAAAAAAAAAAUCCUCCGGCCAUGGCUCGGCGCCCGCGUUGACGGCGAAUAAGUGUGGACAAGCCGCGGUGCUAGCAGUUAGCUCGCAGCUAGCUGGCUAGCAGGGAUUUGUACAUAUUUGUUGACUUUCUUCAUGUUCUUCCACACGGACAUGGCGUCUUCCAACCAAGAUUUAACAGACCCCAGUCUGGGAUUGGGUGCAAGUGGCACCCAAGCAAGCGGUGGGGCCGUCGUUCCAAAGGGGAGCAACAAGAGACGAGCGGCCCCGGAUUUUGAUGACGACGAAGGAAGCAAGUUGUUCAGGUGUGACGACGACUCGGGCGGCCCCAACAACGACAAAGAGCGCUUUGCUAGGGAGAACCACAGCGAGAUCGAGAGGCGGCGGCGAAACAAGAUGACCGCCUACAUCACAGAGCUGUCGGACAUGGUGCCCACGUGCAGCGCGCUCGCACGGAAGCCCGACAAGCUCACCAUCCUGCGAAUGGCCGUGUCGCACAUGAAGUCUCUGCGGGGGAGCGGCAACACCAACCCGGACGGCUCCUACAAACCUUCCUUCCUCACUGACCAGGAGCUAAAGCACCUCAUACUGGAGGCAGCAGACGGCUUUCUGUUCGUGGUGUCGUGCGAGACCGGCCGCAUCGUAUACGUCUCGGACUCUCUGACGCCCGUUCUGAACCAGUCACAGUCGGACUGGCUAGGCUCAUCGCUCUAUGACCAGCUCCACCCGGACGACAAGGAGAAGCUGAGGGAGCAGCUGUCCACUGCAGAGAACAACAACACAGGGAGGAUGUUGGACUUGAAGACAGGAACAGUGAAGAAGGAAAGCCAGCAGUCGUCAGCCAGGAUGACUAUGGGAGCCCGUCGCUCUUUCAUAUGUAGAAUGAGGUGUGGCACAUGUCCUGUGGAACCCAUGUCCAUGAACAGGCUAAACUUCCUUAGGAAUAGAAACAGAAAUGGUUUGGGUGCAGCAAAAGAAGGAGAACCUCAGUAUGUUGUGGUCCACUGUACAGGCUACAUUAAGUCCUGGCCGCCUGCAGGAGUCUCCUUAUCAGACAACGAGCCAGACAACAAUCAGGGGAGUCGCUACUGCCUUGUUGCCAUCGGCAGAUUACAGGUGACCUGCUGUCCAGGUGACACAGAUGUCAACAGCAUCAGCGUUCCAGUAGAGUUCAUCUCGCGCCACAAUUGCCGGGGCAUCUUUACCUUUGUAGACCACCGCUGUGUGGCAGCCGUCAGCUACCAGCCUCAGGAACUGCUGGGAAAGAAUAUUCUUGAACUCGCCCAUCCUGAAGACCAAGGCUUACUUCAAGAUAGUUUCCAACAGGUCAUGAAGUUGAAGGGUCAAGUGCUGUCAGUGAUGUUCAGAUUCCGCUCCAAAUCGAAUGAGUGGAUUUGGAUGAGAACCAGCUCCUUCACCUUCCAAAACCCAUUUUCAGAGGAGAUUGAAUACAUCAUCUGCACAAAUGUUAACGUCAAUAGAAACGCAGGUCAGGAACCCCUUACCCCCAUCUCCUCCCCCACCGGGUUGUUGCCCUCCUCUCUGGGUCAGAGCAGCUUAAAGGCCUCCCCUGUGGUUCUUAGCCCAGGGCAGGUAGCUACCAGACAGUUGCAGCAACAGCAGCAGGCGGAGGUGGAAGGGGGCGUAGCAAGGGAUGGCAUGUACGAGGCAGGACCCGGUACUAUCUCCCAGAUGCCUGUGCAGCCAGUGACAGCGGCUGGGCCCGACCACAGCAAGAGUCUCGACAAACCGGAUCUUUACCCCUCCCUUUUCCAAAGCCCCAGUCAGACAAAGGUCAUGCCCCCCACCCCAACACCCUCUACCCAAAUCUACCCGGUGGUCAACAACUUCCCUGCUGGUCGCUCAAACGACGCGUACAGGCCGGUCAGUAUGGUCCCGCAGAUGCCACAGCCAGCCCACUCAGCAGGGCAGAUGUUGGCCCAGAUGUCCCGACAGAAUGGAGCCCCACAGCCUGUCACCCCUUCCAACACUGGCAGCCCCCUCCAUGGAGGACCGGGUAGCAGAUGGCCUGGUCCAGGGGCAGGUGCUGGAACCCAGUUCAACAAUCAGCAGCAGAUGGCUCCCCAAGCAGCAAAGACCAUGUCUCCACCAUUUGCGUCCAUGGUUGGAUUUGGAGGCAGCUCUACCAGUUCCUUUGGACAGAUGCCCACAGGGGCAGCUCCUAGCCAGAGCAGCAGCACAAAUUACCCACCAAUAAACACACGUGCCACCAUCAGCGCCAACGGUUUUGAUGGUUCUCAGUCGCAAUUCCCCUCCCGGGCAACAGAGGCAGUGUGGCAGCAGUGGCAGGGCCAGCAGCACUCACAGAGCAACACAGAACACCCUCAUGCACAGGCCAACCAGCAAGACAUGUUCACGGACGUGUUGUCAAUGCUGGAUCAGCCCAACAACUUCGGCAACGAUGACUUUGAGAUUUCCAUGUACCCUCCGUUUAACGAGUGACAACAGGUCUUCCCUCUUUUUAGUCCACGGCUCACUUCUUGUCUUCUUUUACUCGUCCACCUCUUUCUUUUCUUUCUCUUUGCUUCGCAUGGCUGCCAUUGCAAAGCUGCAACACGGAGCCAUUUUACUGUAUCUUAACUGCAGGUCAUGGAGACGAGGCUGCACAUUACAUUCAUCAUUAUUUAAUUACUAUUAGAUACUUCAUUUUACUGUAUUUUCCGGACAAUAGAGCACACCGGUAUGUAAGCCACACCAACUAAAUUUUAUAACGAAAAAAUAUUUUUCCAUAUAUUAGCCGCACCGGACUAUAAGCCGCAGAUACUGUACAUACACUGCUAAAUAAGGUAUCUACACAGAAAUAUUUUGUAAAUGUAAUUUACAUACCUUAAUUGUUUCCAAACGGUGUGUGUAACACGGCAGUAAAAUGACCAUGGAUCCACAAGAUUCGUAAGCUAGCUCUCCAAUCAGCUAAACAGAUUCAAUAACUACACGGUGACGUCUUAGAGAAUUUACGAAACUGAAACAUACAAAAAGAAUGCCAUUUUAAGUGAAUAGUACUAACAUAUUAGCUAAUGCUAACGACGUUAGUUUGAUUCCAUUACGAUAGCAUGCAUAAAUAUGCAUGGAAACACUCCAUCACACAUGGGACGGAAUUGUUUGUUAUAUUGCUAAACUUACAAACGUUGCUUGGAGUGAUAAAUGAGGAAUCUAUACGAGUAGGAACGCUAUAGAUGGGUGGAAGAUGGAACAGCACUUGUACUUCCGGUUGAAAGCUCUAAACAGAGGGGCAUUGCAGCAUCUGCAGUGAGCAAACUUGUCCAAAAGAUGGCGCCAUAGCCUAAACCAUGAAUCAUAUUUGCUUGGUUGUUUUUUUCAUUAUUUGUAAUAUGGCUGUCAGCGUAGAAAUUAGCCACACCGUUUUAUAAACUGCAGGCUUCAAAGCGCAUGAAAAAGUAGCGGCUUAUAGUCCGGGAUUUACUGUAAUUAAUGACAAUUAUUCACUUGUUCACCUUUGCUCCAGCCAAUGUUUUCGGCCACACACACAGGAAGUGGGUAUAUUCACGCACACUAUGGCCUUUUAUUCUGUUUUUUUUUUCUCUCAGGCAUUUAGCAUCCAGACUAAUCAAUCUAUUUUCUUUAACUCUCAGGAAACGUCAGAUGUGCGUUUGUUUUUUAAAUCGACCGCAUUGUCUGUGCUUUUUGCAUUCUGACACUUGUCUCAGCUUCUGUAUCCUUCACGAGUACACUUUUUACAAAUUCUUACUUUGUUUUUUAAUCCAUGUGUUUCCUCAACACACACACACGCAGUGUUGCAAAGACUAAUGUGUUCUAUGUAUGUAUGUAUGAAUGCAUGCGUGUGCUUCAUAUCACCAAGCAUUAUUACUCUGUACUACGUAUGGGAGCUUAGUAUUCAUUUUCUUAAAGAAAACUCAACAAAAAGAUGCACACGGCAAUAAUCUUCAAAGCAGCAAUUGUCAUUUUUAAAGCCAUUCUUUAUUUGUGUCAUUAAUGUCGUCCCUAAUUAUUAUUGUUAUUUGUGGAAAGCAUGAUUGUCGUUUUUGAUUUAACAGAAAUAUGUUGUGAACUUCUGAUUGGUUGAUCGGUGUUAUUACGGUGUGGAAAUUGUAAUGGUUUAAUCAGGGUAUUUAGGAUACAAAUGGGAAAAAACAAAAUGAUCAAGUAAGAAAAAUGUGUUAUUGUGAAUAUUUGUUUGUUUGAACUGGACUGAAAUUGUUGCCAACACAACUCAACCUUUUUGUGUUUUAUACUCAGUUUGUCGCUUAAAAAAUAUCAUUUGCAAUGUCAAGAGGAGUUCAAACUAGGGCUGGGUGAUACGGCUAAAAAGUGUAUCAAGAUAUAGCUGUUUAUAUCUGUCGAUAUCGAUAAUUGUUGAUAUUUUUUAUGAGUUAAGGAAUAUAAGGACUAGGAGAAAAAUAUAUUAAAUGUUAACAUUUUUAUUUCAAAUAUGACCUUCCUCUGAUUAUAAUCCCCUCAGCUAUCAAGACAGAAAGGGAAGGAAAUGCCAACACAAGUAUGAAAAACACUCAAACAAUGUAAACAAAACUGUAAAAUCACAUUAAACACUUAACAAUAACAUCUUAAAAUGAAGGUGCAAAAAUAAGCAAUAUGUAAGAAAUGUUUAAUAAAGUGCAACAAAAUAGUACAAAGUGUGAAAAUGUAAACAGAGAAACCAGAGAAGGACUAUUUUCUGCAGGUUUAGUGCCAGAAAGUUACAGCUGUGCUUUACAGACCACAUUGGUCUAACUACGGUCCAUUUUGAAAAAAAUCCCCAAAACUGCCAAAACACAAACAGGUCACUGUUUGUGUUGUAACCACAAUUUUCUUCAUUUUUACUUUCUCUUCUUUCUCCAUGCAAAGAAUCAAACACCGCAAGCAAACAUGAUAGUUAAUACUUUUUCCUGAUUGCGUGUCACUCCCACUGAUCAAUGAUCACUUCCUGCGUUGCUUGGUCACCAGAGAGCGUGUGCCUUUGUUCAUGCAACCAACCUUGCUUCGCAAUGUAGUUUUUUCCCAACCAAGAAGAAGAAAAAUAUGAAACGUUUUAUUAAACUUAUUUUUUAUUUAUAUACAGUGGGGCAAAAAAGUAUUUAGUCAGCCACCGAUUGUGCAAGUUCUCCCACUUAAAAUGAUGACAGAGGUCUGUAAUUUUCAUCAUAGGUACACUUCAACUGUGAGAGACAGAAUGUGAAAAAAAAAAAUCCAGGAAUUCACAUAUUAGGAAUUUUAAAGAAUUUAUUUGUAAAAUAUGGUGGAAAAUAAGUAUUUGGUCACUUCAAGCAAGGCAGAUCUCUGGCUCUCACAAACCUGUAACUUCUUUAAGAAGUUUUUCUGUCCUCCACUCGUUACCUGUAUGAAAGGAACCCGUUUGAACUCCUUAUCUGUAUAAAAGACACCUGUCCAUAGCCUCAAACAGUCAGACUCCGAACUCCACUAUGGCCAAGACCAAAGAGCUGUCGAAAGACACCAGGAAAAGAAUUGACUGGGAAGAGUGAAUCUACAAUAGGCAAGCAGCUUGGUGUGAAAAAAUCAACUGUGGGAGCACUGAUAAUCUCCCUCGAUAUGGGGCUCCACGCAAGAUCUCAUACCGUGGGGUCAAAAUGAUCAUGAGAACGGUGAGCAAAUAUCCCAGAACCACACGGGGGGGCCUGGUGAAUGACCUGCAGAGAGCUGGGACCAAAGGUUACCAUCAGUAACACACUACGCCGACAGGAAAUCAAAUCCUGCAGUGCCAGACGUGUCCCCCUGCUUAAGCCAGUGCAUGUCCAGGCCCGUCUGAAGUUUUGCCAGAGAGCACAUGGGAGAAUGUAAUGUGGUCAGAUGAAACCAAAGUAGACCUUUUUGGUAUAAACUCAACUCGUUGUGUUUGGAGGAAGAAGAAUACUGAGUUGCAUCCCAAGAACACCAUACCUACUGUGAAGCAUGGAGGUGGAAACAUCAUGCGUUGGGGCUGUAUUUCUGCUAAGGGGACAGGACGAUUGAUCCGUGUUAAGGAAAGAAUGAAUGGGGCCAUGUAUCGUGAGAUUUUGAGCCAAAACCUCCUUCCAUCAGUGAGAGCUUUGAAUGGUUGACCAAAUACUUAUUUUCCACCAUAUUUUACAAAUACAUUUUUUAAAAUUCCUACAAUGUGUAUUACUGUUUUUUUUUUCACAUUCUGUCUCUCACAGUUGAAGUGUACCUAAGAUGAAAAUUAUAGACCUCUGUCAUCUUUUUAAGUGGGAGAACUUGCACAAUCGCUGGCUGACUAAAUACUUUUUUGCCCCACUGUAGAUCACGCGUCUUAUCGUGAUACAUAUUGUUUUAUCGCCCAGCCCAAGUUGUAAUUUUCACCGUCUUUAUGAUCAUUUGUGCUGUGUAUGUACCACACUUAUUAUAAUGUAUGUAAACCCUUUUUUUCUUUGUGAUGUUGCUUUCUAUGCAGGGUGUGCUUUUUUUUUUCCAUUGAUGUGAACAACGAUCACUCAUAGAAACACAAAUAUAUAAAUAUUCUGUAAAUGUCUACGAAAUGGUAAACACAAAUUGUUUUUUUUAUUAUUAUUAAAUUGAUAUAUUGACAAAA